CAUGUAACUACUACACACCCAUAGGGCCAUAACUGACAACGUCUUAAGUUACAGUUUGUCUCAAACACAAACACAAACAACCAGCCUCACAAACCCAAAUCAAAAAAAUGAGGGCUUUGCUUGUGAAAUUGAUUCUAAUUUACUCACUUUUCAGUGCAGUGUUCUUCGUUUGCUGUUGGAGCUCCAUGCAACCGAGACCGGGAGGGAACGAGACGGAUAUGCUGGCAGUUGCUAGCCAUCAAAUCUCAAAUAACGGACGACCCUCAUCAGAUCAUGAGCUCUUGGAACGGUUCCGUUCACUUCUGCACGUGGCCGGGCAUCACAUGCGGUCGACGACAUCGCCAAAGGGUCACAAAGCUGAGCCUACCAUCUCAAAACCUAGCAGGAUCCCUAUCGCCACACGUUGGAAACCUGAGUUUCCUAAGGGAGUUGGUGCUGGACAGCAACAGAUUUGGUCAUGAAAUUCCUCGCAAAAUCGGGAACUUGCGUAGACUGGAGGUACUGAGUCUACUAUAAAACUCAUUUACUGGUGACAUUCCUGACAAUAUUACUCAUUGCUUCAGCCUCAACAAUAUAAAUUUAGGUUACAACAAGCUGGUGGGCAAAAUUCCUUUGGAACUCGGCGCGUUGCCGAAGCUUGGAUCAUUUGUUGUAGAAGUAAAUAAUUUAACCGGAGAGAUCCCUCCGUCUUUGGGGAACCUUUCAUCUCUCGAGGCCCUUAGUGUCUACAGGAAUAACUUGGUCGGAGAUAUCCCAAGUUCUCUUGGCAGAUUGAAACAAUUAACAUUUUUUUCAUUGGGCUUUAAUAAGUUGUCUGGUACAAUCCCUCCCUCCAUCUAUAACCUCUCUGCUGUUACUACUUUUUCCGUCGUAAAUAACCAAAUUCAAGGGAGUAUUCCCUCAGAUUUGGAUAAAACUCUCCCUAAUCUCCAAAUCUUUAACCUUGCCGGCAAUCAAUUUUCCGGAUCAAUUCCUCUCUCAAUGUCCAAUUGCCACUAGUGUAACGGCAUUUCACGUUGCAGUAAACAACCUAAUCGGACCGCUGCCGAAUUUUGAGAAGCUUCAUAAGCUUGUGAGAUUCAACAUUCAAUAUAAUCACUUCGGAAGUGGCGCCGACGGUGACAUGCGUUUUCUGUCAGAUUUGAACAAUGCCACAGAGUUAGAGUUGAUGUUGAUAAAUACUAACAACUUUGGAGGGACAUUGCCGGUAUCAAUCUCUAAUCUCUCAAUCAAGCUUCAAAGUUUUGGUUAUCCGAGAACCCGCUCCAUGGAAGCAUCCCGGCUGGCAUAGGGAAUCUGAUCAACUUGGAAUCGUUGGCUAUGUCGAGUAAUAGAUUCUCGAGUAGCAUCCCGACUGACAUCGGAAAGCUUUCAAGGCUAGUAGAAUUAGACAUUUCUUCAAACAAAUUAUCGGGCAGUAUUCCAUCCUCUCUAGGAAAUUUAACCAUGUUAAACCUCCUCUUCUUGAGAAGUAAUAAUCUUCAGGGCAUCAUCCCUUCAACCCUAGGGAAAUGCCAGCAGCUGCAACGGUUGGAUCUUUCAGACAAUAACCUCAGUGGCGCAAUACCCCAACAAGUUAUUGGCCUUCCCUCUGUCAAUUGAUUUGAGAUUGUCAGCAAACCACCUCACCGGUCCACUGCCCAUAAAGGUUGGAAACUCGAAUAGUCUGACUCUGCUGGACGUUUCUGAUAACAUGUUAUCCGGACAACUUCCUCCUAGCCUUGGUAGCUGUGUGAGUUUAGGUAUCCUAAACUUGCAAGGCAACGUCUUUCAGGGCCCCAUUCCUUCAUCAAUGGGUUCGUUGAGAGCGCUUGAUUCUUUAGACCUUUCUCGCAACAACUUGUCAGGUGAAAUUCCAAAGUUUGUAGGCAGUUUUAUCUUGAUAAAGAAUCUAAACCUAUCGUUCAAUGAGUUUUGGGGAGAAGUACCAACUGGAGGUAUUUUCAAGAAUGCAAGUGCAAUUUCAAUAGCUGGCAACACCAGGCUUUGCGGCGGUAUUGCUAUUCUCCAGCUGCCCAAGUGCAAGUCCAAAGAGUUUAAGAAAGGAGGAUUAUCUCGUAGCUUGGAAAAGUUAAUUUUAGCAACCGGGAUUGCUCUUCUAGUCAUGGUGUUGUCUUGUAUCUUUGUUUGCUUGUCAAGAAAGAAAAGGAAACAAACUCCGUUGACUACUUCAGAGAGCUCAUUCUUACAAGUAUCAUAUGCUACUCUCCUAAAAGCUACUGACGGGUUCUCUUCGGCUAAUUUGGUGGGUGCGGGUAGUUUCGGGUCUGUGUACAAAGGACUUCUUGCUGACAAUGACGAUGAUGUUGAUAAAGGCCACCUUGUUGCAGUGAAGGUGUUUAACUUGUUACGCCAUGGAGCAUCGAGGAGUUUCAUAUCAGAAUGUGAGGCUUUGAGAAAUAUCAGGCAUCGAAAUCUUGUUAAGAUUAUAACUGCAUGUUCAAGUGUUGAUUUUCAUGGUAAUGACUUCAAAGCUCUGGUUUAUGAGUACAUGGACAACGGAAGCUUAGAAGAUUGGCUGCAUCCGCCUACUGGAAUUGAAGAGGUAAGAGAUCAUGCAUCCAAGAAUUUAAACCUUCUUCAGAGGCUCGACAUUGUAAUUGAUGUUGCUUGUGCAAUGGAUUAUCUUCAUAAUCAUUGCGAAACACCAAUCGUUCAUUGUGAUCUCAAGCCAAGCAAUGUUCUUUUGAACACCGAGUUGACUGGACAUGUUUCGGACUUUGGAUUAGCACGGUUUCCCUCACAAUUACCAGGUAAUGUUUCAGAAAAUCAGAUUCAGACAAGUUCCAUCGGUAUAAGAGGAACGGUUGGUUAUGCUGCUCCAGAGUAUGGAAUGGGAAGCGAGGCGUCGACAAAUGGAGAUGUCUACAGCUUUGGCAUUCUACUGCUGGAGAUGUUCACGGGGAAGAGACCCACUGAUGACAUGUUUAGCAACAACUUGAACCUCCAUAAUUUUGUCAAGAUGGCUAUCCCUGAGCGUGUGACCGAGAUUGUGGAUGCACCACUUCUUCAAGGAGGCACCGAUCAGUGCAGCAUAGGAGCUCCAAAAACUGAGGCGUGCUUGAGUUCAAUAUUUAGACUUGGAAUCACUUGUUCUGCUGAAUCCCCUACAGUUCGGCUAAAGAAUAUCGGUGAUGCUGAAUCUGAACUUCGUUCCAUCAGGAACACUCUUGUUGGAUAGAAACUUUUUUUUGUGGUUUUGUGAUAAAUGUUGAUCCUAGUAAUAUCCAUAUAUAUCUUUGUAGCAAAGGGACAACCCUAAAAGCGAACAAAGCUCCCUGCUUUCCGAGUGUCAGAGGAACGUCUAUGUACCCAACCUAAACCUUUGUAGUAAAAGCAUGUAAAUAAAUAAACGUUAUUAUGUUUUAAGAAA